AUGCCCGGUCGUCUCAUCUCACGGCGUCCAUCUCCGACCACGGUGUCGUUUACGGUCUCCAAUGCCUCCCGACACACGAGCACCCCGGCAAAGAUCCUCUUCUACUUCCAAAUCCUGUUGCGCGCAUUGAUUUUUGUCUGCGUGGUUUUCUUCAACAUCGCAAGGCAGCGGGACUCGUACUUUUAUCAAGAUGGAUCGGCUCUGCGCUGGUCAGUGAUUUGGUCCUCUUCGUUAGGGUCGUUCAUCUGCCGUAUUGCGGAUGUAUAUAGUCCGGUGGUCGUCACGUUGGUUAGUGCGGUAGUGAUAUACGGCGUCUUCAGAAAGGGGUAUACGGAAGAGUCACUGCUCGUUAUACGCGGCCUAGGGAUCCAAACAUCUACCUCCUCCUUGACUUACCUGUCCAAAGCUUCGACGAGAUUCAUACCUACCACGCAGAUUCAAGAUAUCGUGAUACACGAGGCAUUCAAGGGGUUUGAGGUUCGAUUUUAUCUCGCGGUUAUUGUGGAAGGAGAGCCCGAAGUGGUGGUGGUUUUCCCGAAACUUUUACCGAAACGGGCGAUAUUGGAAGAAGUCUGGAGGGGCUCGCGACGUUGCCUUUAUGAUUCGAAGUCGUAA